GGCCAGGGCCGGCGCUUUCCGGAGGAGGGGUGUGGGGGCUGGAGGCGGGGACGCGAGGCUGCGGGCGUGGCCGGAGGCGCGCGCGGCGGGCGCGCGGUCCCGAGUGAAAGGAGAAGGAGGGGCAGCGGGGGUGACGGUGCGAUAGCCGCUGGCAGCGCCGGGGCGGUCGUCGGCGGCCGGGGCUGAGGAGAAGGUGGGCCAGAGGCCAGGUCAGCUGCCCCGACCCUCGGACGCAGCCCCAGAGCGAGCGGCAGCGGUUUCUGGUGAGGCGGGGAGGCACUGCCGAGCCCCAGCUGGGGAAGAUGUUCAACGUGGAGUCGGUGGAGCGGGUGGAGCUGUGCGAGAGCCUUCUCACUUGGAUCCAGACAUUUAAUGUGGAUGCACCAUGCCAGACCGUGGAAGAUUUAACGAAUGGGGUUGUGAUGGCCCAGGUUCUUCAGAAAAUAGAUCCUUCAUAUUUUGAUGAAAAUUGGCUAAACAGAAUCAAAACUGAAGUAGGAGAUAAUUGGAGGCUAAAGAUAAGCAAUUUAAAGAAAAUUUUAAAGGGAAUCCUGGAUUACAAUCAUGAGAUUUUAGGACAGCAAAUUAAUGACUUUACCCUUCCUGAUGUGAAUCUUAUUGGAGAACAUUCUGAUGCGGCAGAGCUCGGAAGGAUGCUUCAACUCAUCUUAGGCUGUGCUGUGAAUUGUGAACAGAAGCAAGAGUACAUCCAAGCCAUUAUGAUGAUGGAGGAAUCUGUUCAACAUGUUGUCAUGACAGCCAUUCAAGAGCUGAUGAGUAAGGAAUCACCUGUCUCUGCUGGAAACGAUGCCUAUGUUGACCUUGAUCGCCAGUUGAAGAAAACUACAGAGGAACUAAAUGAAGCUUUGUCAGCAAAAGAAGAAAUUGCUCAAAGGUGCCAUGAGUUGGAUAUGCAGGUUGCAGCAUUGCAAGAGGAGAAAAGUAGUCUCUUGGCAGAGAAUCAGGUAUUAAUGGAAAGACUUAAUCAAUCUGAUUCUAUAGAAGAUCCUAACAGUCCUGCAGGAAGAAGGCAUCUGCAGCUCCAAACUCAGCUGGAACAACUCCAAGAAGAAACAUUCAGACUAGAAGCAGCCAAAGAUGAUUAUCGUAUACGCUGUGAAGAGUUAGAAAAGGAAAUCUCUGAACUUCGGCAACAGAAUGAUGAACUGACCACUUUGGCAGAUGAAGCUCAGUCUCUAAAAGAUGAAAUAGAUGUUCUUAGACAUUCUUCUGAUAAAGUGUCUAAACUAGAAGGCCAAGUGGAAUCAUAUAAAAAGAAGCUAGAAGAUCUUGGUGAUUUGAGGCGUCAGGUUAAACUCUUAGAAGAAAAGAAUACUAUGUAUAUGCAGAACACUGUCAGUCUAGAGGAAGAGUUAAGAAAAGCCAAUGCAGCUCGAAGUCAACUUGAGACAUAUAAGAGACAGGUAGUAGAACUACAAAAUAGAUUAUCUGAAGAAUCGAAGAAAGCAGAUAAAUUAGAUUUUGAAUAUAAGCGGCUAAAAGAAAAAGUUGACAGUCUUCAAAAAGAAAAGGAUAGGUUAAGAACAGAAAGGGAUUCUCUGAAGGAAACCAUUGAAGAGCUUCGUUGUGUACAGGCUCAAGAAGGACAACUCACAACUCAAGGGUUAAUCCCUCUGGGAAGUCAAGAAUCUUCAGAUAGUCUGGCAGCAGAGAUUGUUACACCUGAAAUCAGGGAGAAACUUAUUCGUCUUCAGCAUGAGAAUAAGAUGUUAAAAAUCAACCAAGAGGGUUCAGACAAUGAAAAAAUCGCUUUAUUGCAGAGUCUUCUGGAUGAUGCAAAUCUCCGUAAGAAUGAACUGGAGACAGAGAACAGGUUGGUGAAUCAAAGACUUCUGGAAGUACAGUCACAAGUUGAAGAAUUGCAAAAAUCUUUACAGGAUCAAGGCUCAAAAGCAGAAGAUGCUAUUUCAGUUCUUCUAAAAAAGAAGCUUGAAGAACAUUUGGAGAAGCUUCAUGAAGCCAAUAAUGAAUUGCAGAAGAAGAGAGCCAUUAUUGAAGAUCUUGAACCACGAUUUAAUAACAGCUCCUUAAAAAUUGAAGAAUUACAAGAAGCUUUACGGAAGAAAGAAGAGGAAAUGAAGCAAAUGGAGGAACGGUAUAAAAAAUACUUAGAGAAAGCCAAAAGUGUUAUCCGUACUCUAGACCCUAAGCAGAAUCAAGGAGCAGCACCAGAAAUACAAGCUCUUAAAAAUCAGCUUCAGGAACGAGACCGACUCUUCCAUUCUUUAGAGAAAGAAUAUGAGAAAACAAAGAGUCAAAGAGAAAUGGAGGAGAAAUACAUUGUUAGUGCCUGGUACAAUAUGGGAAUGACCCUGCAUAAAAAGGCGGCUGAAGACAGACUUGCUAGUACAGGUUCAGGGCAGUCAUUUCUGGCUCGGCAAAGACAAGCAACCAGCACAAGAAGAUCUUAUCCGGGCCAUGUUCAACCAGCCACAGCAAGGUAGACAAGUCUUGCCAUCAGAAUAAAAAAAAAAAAAAAAAAAAAAAAAAAAACGCCCUGCAUUCAAAGCAUACUUCUGUUACAUAUGAUGACAUUUCAGGAAAUUCAGCCAGCUUAUUUUUGUCUCUUUUAUGUUAAUAUUUAGUUGUUUCUCAUUUGAGGACUUUCUCUCCCCUGUGUCUAUAUUUUAGUUUCUUCGUUCUUUAUUUUGUAGUCCUUUUGGUUCCUUUUAAUGUGCCAAAAAUUUUUAAAUGCCCAAUUAAAAGUGUUGUAUAAUAGUGUAGUACUUUUCUUUGUAUGAAAACGUCCUUUCCCCAAUUGUGUAGGCUUUGUAAUGAAUUAGAUUUUCUGCCAAUAAUUGAUAUACAAUUUAUAUUCUUUAUUGUGCCUCUGUGUUACCAUGCUUUAUAAGAAUGUCUUUGUUUAAAGGGAAUUAAUCUUUUUAUGAUGUAUUAAUCUGUGUUUUCAAUUGUUUUCCAAAUGCACUUCAAAUAACUUGCAUAUUUACUAUAUAAAAUGGUUGGCAAGUGCACUUUUUGCAAAGACAUAAAUACAUUGGCAGAGGUGCUAAUCAGAUGUUACCUAAGGCACCUGAUAGAUUUAUUUAGAGGGAAAAAAUGAGUUUUCCACAUUGUUUUAUAGGAAAUUAAAUUUGUCCGAAGAUUUGGAAACUAUUUUUAAAACAUACAUAAAAUUUCAUUAUUUCUUGCUGUCUUGUUUGCUGACAGAAGAUAAAUGCAGUGGUUAGAUUAUUUGGGGGGAAAUUACAGAAGGAAAAAAAAAUCAGGCAGUGCAUUAAUUUUUUUCUUGUUCUGGAAUAUCCUAGUAACUGAACAUCAAAUUCUAGCAAUGUGGCUGACAUUUAUAGUUUCAGUUGCCCUCCGCAUCUGAAAGAUUUAUUUUUCAUGUACUUACAAGUAAUAGGUAGCCUUACCUUUUGGACAAUUUCCUUGUUGGCUUGCACUUAAGUUUACUUAUUCUUUAAUAUAAACCCUUCAAUUUCUCAGUAAUUCCUAAACCUAACAUGCUACUAUCAGUCGUUAAGAUCAGUAAGUGACUUCUUGUAUGUGAUAUUAUGACAGGUCUCUUAACAUUUUUUUUCUUAAUUCUAUGUACUAGUCCAAGACUUUCUCUUGGGUAUUUGGUUGCCUCAGAGUUCUUAGAUUUGUUGACAGAUUGUAAACCAUGUUUAUUUACAAUGAUGAAUGGCUGUCAAGUAAUAAUGAUUGGAAAGCACUUUGUAUAAGGUGCUAUAUAAAUGUGAAAUAUCAUUCAUUUGAAAAUGAAAUUCCUAUGCCUGACUUCCAUAGUGACUUAAGAAUUUGGUCCCAAAUUAUAUUUAUGUUCCCCUCUAGCCUUUUUCUUGCAUCAUAGCCAAUUUUUUUUAAGCAAAAAAUUACUAAAAUUAGGUUAGUUGUUUGGUUAAUUGGUUUUUGGUUUUAGAUAGGCCCUCUAAUAAGAUUUCAUUUCAUGUACUUGCUAUUUGGAAGUUCAGGUUUCAUUUAGUCCUGUAUAUUAAAUACAAACAAAUAACACUAAAUCAAGCUACAUGUAAUUAAGAAUUUUCAGAAACUGUAUUCAGGUGUUUGGCUUUAAAUCCUUACUUUUUUUUUUUUUUUAUAAGAAAAUUGA